AUGACAACACUACCACUGUCUACCGGUAUGAUGAGCCGUCGACCAAAGAUCUUGAGCGAUGAGCCAAAGUUAUCUUCGGCAGCUCUUUGCACCACAUUAAAGCAUUUACAUCAAACGUUUCGCCCAGAGUUCACUCAUCAAUGCGUCGAAGAAGAAUCCUUUCGAGGAUAUCAACCAUUGACGUCGGUUCUUGCCAAAGCCCAAUCCGAAUUAUUGCCAUCUUCCUCCUCCACUUCGGACAGUGAUGCAGUAGUGCUGCACAAAUCCCAUUUGCGUCAUGAACAGCAAGUUACUAGCGAGCUGGAAAUCACGAUUGAUCUGGCGCCCUCUUGUCGGACUUGUAGACUUCUUGUGACGACCAAACCGAAGAAACGAAAGGCCAAUGAUGAUGAUGAGACAAUGACAAUGAUAGGGGACGACAAGCGACAAAAAAUGGGCGACAAUUCCAGCAAGGUUCCAUGUAUCCAUAAUACUACCAAGGAGACCGAACAGGCAGAGGUGGAACCAAUGUCAUUGGCGGAAAUUCAAAACGCGAUUUCCAAGGCUCUACCAGAUAUCACCGUGGAUAAUGAUGAUAUGGACUGUAUUGAUGAUUAUCUCUCGAAGCCCAUGGGAACCUUAUUGAGAGAGUACACCAUCAAUGACAAAACCUUUUGUUUGUCACUCGCAAAUGGAUCCGACCCAGCAACCUGUGACUAUCAUCAAAAAGUCCAAAAACUAGCCCUUUGGUUCAUUGAGAAUGCGGAUGACGUGGAUGUAUCCAACGAACAAUCGGGCCACUGGAAAGUCUUGUACUUGUUUUUGCACUGCCCGAAACAAAAGUAUGCCGUGGUGGGAUACUGCACCCUCUUUCAUUUCAACUCGCCCUUUCACAAGCCAGUGCCGGGCACCAUUGUCCGAAUCUGUCAAGCUUUGGUUUUGCCUCCCUUUCAAGGACAAGGACAUGGCAAAAAAAUGAUGCAAUGUCUAUACGAUGCUGUCCACAAUCGCAUAGAAGGAGCUUAUGGCAAUAGUCAGGACCAACAAGAGGUCGUCGAAAUCAAUGUAGAAGAUCCAGCACCAGGAUUUGUAGCAUUGCGCAACAAGGUCGAUUGGAAGCUCUUGAAAGAUCAUCCCGAGUACUGGUCCAAUGCUAAGGUGGACAAUAAUAUUGCAGAGGAAGCAUUCUUUGCCAGCAUUCCUGAGGCACAAGCCAUCCAAGUCGGUGCCAAUGCCAAGAUUACCCCGCAUCAGGUGCACAUUGUCCACGAAAUGCAAAGGUUGGAGGCACUGCAUAAUGCCACUUUUGAUACUAGCACAAAUGGUGGUGGUGGUGUUAACGAAGAAGAGUUGGAACGUCGAUAUCGGUUGCUAGUAAAACGACGGCUCAACAAAGACCAUCGUGAAGACCUGAGCUCCUUUGGCACAAAAGAUGCCAAGAAGGCAUACUUGGCGAAACUCUUUGACGAGCAGCUGGCCCUAUACAACAGGCUACUACCAAAGGGAAGCAAGAAGCGGUGA